CGGCCCAAACCGAUAACAGGACAGCUCCGGCGGAAAAGCGAAGACGACAACGCAGGCGAGCCCGAAGAUACAUCGACACGCUCGCUCGCAACUCGCUCGACUCGAAUCCUUUUAUCGUCUCCCUCUCCCCCCUCUCCACGAGCUUCCUUCCUUUUCUCAACCGCGACAUUCCCUCCGCGGGUGAUUCUUCCACCUCUUCUCUACCCGCGCCCUCCCGCUCCACGCCCGGCGUCAGCUCCGCCGCAGAUGCCGCCCAAGGUGUCGGCGGUCGCCGCCGGCGAGGCCCACACGCUCGCGCUCACCGGUGACGGGGAGGUGUACUCAUGGGGGCGGGGGACGUUCGGCCGCCUCGGCACCGGCCGCGAGGCGGACGUGCACGUGCCCACCGCUGUCUUGCCCGCCGUCGCCGCUGCUGCUGCGGGGAGGCCGCGGCCCAGGUUCGUCGCCGUCGCCGCCGGCGCGUACCACAGCCUCGCGCUCGACGACGAAGGCUCACUCUGGUCAUGGGGCUACAAUAUCUACGGUCAGCUUGGCUAUGGGGAAGAGAAUUCCCUUUCUCCAUGUUUGGUUGACGGUUUUCAAGAUUUGGGCUCUCCUGAAACACUGCAGGAUGAAGCACAAGACACGCUUGCACGGACUCCUUUGAAGUUGUCUUCCGUGAAAGCUGGGGGCAUGAUGUCGUUUGCCAUAGACAGUCUUGGGGCCCUGUGGAUGUGGGGAAAUUGCCCCCAGCAGACUGAUGAUGGGGAGUUCUACAUAGCAGCUACCUCAGCCCCACUGCCUGUGUGGGAUUUCCAUGGUCACACUGUAGUGAAGGUUGCCUGCGGUAAUGAACAUGUCGUGGCUGCUGUUAGCGCUGGAGAGACAUAUACAGGAGGUGACCUUGUCUGUUAUUCCUGGGGCAACAACAACCAUGGGCAGUUGGGUCUGGGUGACAAGGAAAGUAGGUCUCGUCCCAUGCUUAUCCCAGAAUUUGGUGAAGGUUCUUCAUGGGAGGUGUAUGAAAUUGCAUGCGGAGCUUGGCACACCGCUGUGCUCACCAACAAGAAGUCUUUUGAUCAGGAUCUUGAAUCUCGGUGCUGGACAUUUGGCAUUGGUGACAAUGGGCAGCUUGGCCAUGGAACAACUGCCACCACCUGCUCCCCGCAGCCAGUUGAUGGCUUACCCACUGGUUCCUUCCUCAUCUCUCUUGAUUGUGGAUUGUUCCACACUGCAGUAGUCUCCUCCGAUGGAGAGGUGUGGUGCUGGGGAAUGGAGAGAGGCCUGGGAUUGUGCCCAGAUGCUAGCUUUUCAGGAAUGGACGCAGGGGAUGCUCUACAUCCCAUAAGAGUUCAGUCUCCUGAGACAAAUGGGUUCAAGUUUCUGGGUCCAGUGCAGGUUGCCUGUGGAGCUGCCCACACUGUUCUUGUUGCUGGUGACGGGUACAGGAUGUGGGCAUGGGGCCGAGGCCGCAGCGGCGUGCUCGGGAGAGACCAGACUACUGACAGUUACACUCCAUGCGUUGUGAUGUGGCCUCCUCUUGAUGAGAACUUCCAAGAGAUUCAUGGGGACCAAGCGCAGGCCUCGACAUCAAGAGCGAAUGAUCGCACUAACACUGAGCUGGAGCUGAAGUUAUCUGCUGCCUCGGAGGAGCUACAGUUCCUUAGGUCAAAACUGACACUCAUGGAGAGAUAUGCCAACAUACUUCACAUUUCAAUAUUCCGCAAGCCGAUGGACGAACGGACGCUUCCUCGUUCGCUUCAAGAGUCUGCUGUCUUUGAUAUCAGGAAGGAAUUUGAGAACAUCUUGGAUUCGUCAGAUACCGAUGAACUCGCUCGCCUGGAGAUGUUUUACCGUAGCAUGCUUUCUGGUGUGAAGGACAAGCUUCUCAAGAGAAAAGUUGAAGUGAUGGUCCAAGAAUGCAUUGUUUCACUAUCUGCAGGGAGGCAAACCCCGCGUGGUCAGUGAGUUAGAAGAUCGGUUGUUAUAAACUGCAUUUCCGCUGUACAGAAUCGAAAUUGUGUGUUAAAAUUGCAAUAAGCUGUCUGCAAACCUGUUGUGUCACCUAUUUUGUCAAACUUCCUACUGCAGCGUAGACCAAUUAUUUGGUAUCACCUAUCAGUGAUGGUCACUUGGCAGAUCAUUUUAUGGGCACGAACAGUGCUAUGGAAUAAUUGUAGGCCUUAUCGGUUUGUUUCUCCGUGUUAAAUACUCUCACUAUGUACAUUAUCUCAGGUCAGCUAUGUAUUAUGUAUAUGGCAACACUAGCAACUAAAAAAGCAUAGUUAGAUCGGUGGCAGCCGGCAAAUAGUGCCUUUUGAUGUUUUAUUAUCAGACAACUGAUUCAAGCGAAUAUGUAUCUCGCUUUAAAAUUGGGUUUUAUUGCUUA